AUGCGUUACAUUGAUCCUUUGCCAAUGGCGGCUGUCUUCAAUAUGUCUUCAAGUCGAGAAGUUCUACAACUUUACCGUCAGAUGUUAAGAAUGGGGAGUGCAUUUACCAGUUAUAACUUCAGGAUGUAUGCCACCAGAAGAAUAAAAGAUGCCUUCAGAGAAAACAAAGAUAUCUCAGAUCCAGAAAAAAUCAGGACACUAAUUAAGAGAGCAGAGGAUAGUUUACAAGUAAUGAAAAGACAGGUGUCCUUAGGUCAAAUGUACAGACAUGAAAAGCUGGUGAUAGAAAAGAAAAGAUGAUAUUCAGCUAUGAAAGAAGAGGUUUCAUUUAUUGGACAAGCAAAUGUCACAUAUUCCAUUGGAGAUUAUUCUAUAAUUACUGUGUGUUGAUUUCUCUGAUUAAGAGGAGACAAGUUGCAUACAGUGAGGAUCAGAACACUUCUUUGCAGAAAAGAACAUUUUGUUAUAUUGUGGCCACAGCACAUAUAAUUUAUGUGGGAUGCAAUGUGCAUGUAGCCUAAUUUGCUGUACAAGUUAAUGACACAAAGCAUUGUGUAAUACUUGACUGUUUUCCCUUCAAUUAAUUUUGCAGGAUCACUUUUGUUCUUCCUGGAAUGAGUAUAAACUGACUGUGAGCUGUUCAUGGAUUUUUUUUACCUACAGGGGUGCUCAUUCAACUGGCAUGAAUAGCUGACGGCAAUGGAAAGUUUACUUUAAGAUUCCUCUUCAGCCAAUCUGUAAUUGUUAAUGCUCUUGAUGAAUACUUUUUAUAAGUGCAGGUAAUCAUAUGAUUUCUAUUGCAAUUUGGAAUAAAUAAACACGAGUAAAUUUUUCAAAGACUAACAAAAUUGCACAAGUGCGUAGGGUGAGUGCAAUUUGAGG